GGAGGGCAGCGUGGGUGGGUGGAGGUAGUGGGGCUUGUCAUGUCCAUCAGAUGGCUCAAUGAGAGGGUCUUACAGCAUGCAAGACAGCAUCACCUCCAUGCCUGUGGUGACACCAUAUCGCACAGCGAUGUUACCCGGGGCAUCAGGGUGUCACAUUGCAAGAUCCUUAUUGUGACGCUGACUUGGAAAAACAGCAUUGAGAAGCCAUCAAGAUGCCUACUUGUUGCAUUGCCCGCUUUUCUUGAGCACCACUCACAGAGGCAUCCUCUCCAUCACAAGAGGCCUCGGUCGGCAGGCAGAGUCCGAGGGUCGUUCCAUACCCAAACCACAGCCUGUGUCCUGGCGAGCCAGGUCUUCAGACUGCGGCAGUUGUGUCCAUGGGCUCAGCUGACCACCGGUUCACCCUCGCCGAGAUCCUGUCGCAGAACUAUGGUGUGCGAGAAGAGAGGGAGGAGGAAGAAGAAGAUACGCAAGAGAAAGAGAAAUCUUUGGAAGAGCUGGAAAAGAGCUUCACUGCCUCUCAGUGACAUGCCGUUCGAGGAGCUGCUUGCCCUGUACGGCUAUGAGGCCUCGGAUCCGAUCUCCGAGCAGGGCAGCGAGAGCAAUGACAUCCCUCGCCACCUGCCAGACAUGACCCUGGAUAAGGAACAAAUAGCGAAGGAUUUGCUUUCAGGGGAAGAAGAGGAGGAGACGCAGUCUUCAGCGGAUGACCUGACUCCGUCCGUCACGUCCCACGAUGCGUCGGACCUUUUCCCAAACCAGCCUGGCUCAAACUUCCUGGCUGAUGAUGACAAAGAGCCCUGCUCUUCUCCGUGCGCUUCCUCCUCGGCCGAGGAUUCCGAAGAGGAUUCCAUCCCCGCCAACGAGUGCAAGAAGGAGAUCAUGGUUGGACCUCAGUACCAGGCUGCCGUUCCUGUCCUCCUCUUAAACAGGCACAGUGAAAAAGCCUACGAGAAUGAAGACCAGCUGCUGUGGGACCCAAACAUCCUUCCCGAGAGGGAGGUGGAAGAGUUCCUGUACCGAGCAGUUAAGCGGAGAUGGGACGAGGUCUCCAGUGCCAGUCUGCCAGAAGGAGAAAUGGUGAAGGACAAUGAGCAGGCGCUGUAUGAAUUGGUUAAAUGUAACUUCAAUGCAGAAGAGGCGCUGCGGCGGUUACGCUUCAACGUGAAGGUCAUCCGAGAUGAGCUUUGUGCCUGGAGCGAGGAAGAAUGCCGAAAUUUCGAACACGGCUUUAGAGUCCACGGGAAAAACUUCCAUCUGAUCCAAGCUAACAAGGUCCGCACCCGGUCGGUGGGGGAGUGCGUGGAGUACUACUACAUGUGGAAGAAGUCGGAGCGCUACGACUACUUCACACAGCAGACGCGCUUCGGAAGGAAGAAGUACGUCCACCCUGGAGCCACGGAUUACGUCGAUAAUGACUUGGAUGGCGGGGAGGUGGAAAAUGCCAGCCGCUCCCGGAGCUCCCCCCCCAUUCCCUCCGCCAGCUGCCUGGAGUCUCACUUCAGCCAAGACCACCUGGCAAUUGAGUGUGCAGAUCCGCGGAGCGUGGAGAGCGCAGCCUGCAGCCUGGGCAGCAUGAGCGAGUCGGGCCAGGGCUACGAUUGCAGCACCCCCUCGGAGACAAACUGUUCCUUCGACCCAGCGGAGGACGCUUCCUCGGCCCCUUGCACGCGGCAUCCCGGGAACCCCACGGACCCGGGGCGUUUCCAGCUGCCCCCGGCAGGCCCGGGGCUGGCAGGGAAGCAGGAGACGUUGCAGAGCUCCGGCGAAACGAUAACGAUGGACUUCACUCUCCCCGGAGACAUUAACGAGGGGCUGCCUUUAAUUUCCGGCCGGGUGGCUUUGGACAGGGACCCCGAGGCACUGGUGUCGCCCGCUCAGGUGGCCUUGGCAGUCACAGAUUUUGGCAUCAUGGGCAUUGGAGAUGUGAAUAGUUUCCUGGCUGCUCACCAGGGCUGCCCGGGGCCCGUGGCUCGGUCGGAGCCUUUGUCGCAGUGAGGAUCUCCAGUCUGGUCGCUGACCGAGCUACGGCUUUGACCGACGGAGCGAAUUCCCCGGCCUUCCGUGUUGCACGGGGCCCUUGGAGCUGUCGGCUGGAAUCUGUCUUUCCGUCCUACUUGAUGUUUUGGCGUCUGUCCUUCCACGGCUCUAGUGAAACCAAACACCUUUCUGCACAGUGCUGCCGCCCCUGCGCAGGGUUGUCAGUCGGGGGCCGAGUCCGUGAGCCCCACCCCCGGUGUCGCGCAGGCAGGCACUGCCCUGAGGACGGUGGAAGUGUCCGUGACCCCAGCAGCAGGCACGUUCUCUAGGGCAGGCCGGCGGCAGAGUGGGGUGCUAUGGAGGAGGAGGAGGUGUCGCGGGCACUUUGGGGGCUGGGCCGGAGGAUGGAACGGGAGGUACUGACCCGAGCCCAGUCAGGCCAGGCUGGAGGGGCCGUCUGGAUGCAGAGCAGGGCGCGUUUGUGCCGAAGGGGGAGUGGAGAGGCUCUUCCGUUCCCCCUCGGAUUUGGUGCUGCAAUAGAAGUAACUCUCCUUUUCCUCUCCAACAGCGGGAGAAGCCUGCUGAUUUGUUAAUCCAGGGGCUGCCUUUGUCCUCUCCCCUGCCAGGUCCAUCUGGCUGCCCCUCAGCUCUGGGACCGUCCCAUUUAGGGUGGGCAGCUUGUCUGUGUGUUGCCCCGUGCCAGGCCCAGGGUGUGCUGCUCCACGGAGAACAGGUUCUGGCAGGGGAGGACGUGCUCUGUGAAAAUCCUUGCUCGCUUGCAGAGGGGUUACGUCCGCACGAGCUGCCUCGCUGGUUCCAGAUGCUGCCGGCUGGGGAACGGGGCAGUGACUGGAUCUUGGGGCUGGCAUUGGGGCUUGACAGGAAUGGAGGAGAGGCUAGCAGGCUGCCUCCAAGCGCAUGGUGUAUGUGCCCGGGGCGCCGGCCCAGCUCCAGACGGAAGGUGUCCAGCACCAGCACGUGGCAAGGUGAUGCCUCAGCCCCACGGAGCAUCAGCCCCGAUACUCAAAAGCAUAAAGAGACCGUGUUUGUGGGAGUGCUUAGCCUUGUGCUGCAGGGUCGUUAGCCGCUGCGUAAAGUGCCAAAUGCGCCCAGGCUGCCUGAGCAUUGCCCGAUACCUCAGACUGGGGCUGAAUUCUCCUUCCUGCUCCCACAGGAGUGCCACAUGCCCCUGGUGCGUCUGCGUUCACGGCCACGUGCAGCGUGCGCACGCAGCCUGCCCAGCUUGCACUGGUGCACGCAGCAGUGGAGAGAGCCGGACACGCCUCCGCUCCCAGAGCACACGGGGGAAGAGUCUCCUUUCAGACCACUGACCCCCAGAAAAAAUCAGUCACAAGCCACAUACAGCACCGGGGGGCAGGCUCGCACCAAAAAUGGGGGGUUCAGGGUGCAAGAGGGAGCUCUGGCAGGAGGCUGAGGGGGUGGUGCUGGGUCUAGGUGGCUGGGGUGGGGUUUAUGGGGUCGGAGGGGUGGCAGCUUGUGGUGACAUGUCCAGUGGACAAAGCCACAGCCUUCACCCCGUCUCUGUCCAGCCAGCCCCGCCCCUGGUCGCAGCCUGGGUCCUCUAUGGGCCAAGCAGUCUCUGCUCUGUGAGCGUGAGGGGUGGAGAGUGCUGCUGUCACAAGCAUUUCACACCCGCUUUGCACGGGGGAGUGGCUCCUCCACACGCCUGGUGACACUAGCAGACCCCGCCUGGGGGCAGCGAGAGGCAGAGGCGCUAGCUCGGGAGUCUCCCCGCCCGCGAACCUCUGCUGCUUGCCCCUGGCUGAGCUCCUCGGGGUCUGGCUCCCUCUGGGGGUCUCUCGGAAGGGAGACGGUGGGAAAGGGAAGAGGCUUAUCCUGGGACGGGGGAGCUCCCAGCGCCCCACCAGCAGCCAAGUGCAUUGGAGGAAACUUUCCUUUCGUUUGUUUCAUUUCUGAGUCCUGACGCGGGGGAAUGUCUCUUAUUUAUAGUCUUCAAUGUUGUUUACAGACGAGCGGGGUGCGACGCGGCACGUUUUCCGCACGGCCUCCCCGGGGCGGGCAGCCUGGCUUUGGUCCGGUUUGUCUCGCAAAGCGCAUUUACUUUGACCCGCUCCUGAUGCCGGACUCUUGCCCCUCCCUCCGCCCCAGAGCCCCGCACUGUGAAGUGAUGCUGCCUUGAAAACCCCUCGCCGUUAUUUAUUUAAUUAAACCAAUCGGAUUUGAAAGCGACCGGGGGCCUCGUCUUGCUUCCGGAGGCGUUGGGGAUGCGAGCAGUAAGGGGACGUGCUGGCAGAGUGUCGUGGCGGGAUUCCCCUGCGCGGCUCCCGGACGAGGGGCGUUGUGCGUGUGGCUGGCAGGAGAGGCGCGGCUUUGUUUGUUCCGGGCUUUAACGCUUUUCAGGGUGCAGCUCUAGGGUCUCUUUCUGGUGUAGAUUUGCUUGUGCUGCGGUUCCAGUAGAGCGAGUGGCGCUUCCGUAGGGAUGAAGAUGGUGGCCAUCCAAGUUACAAUCCCUAGAUCUCAAAGCACGGUACAAAGGAGGAGGUGUCUUUACCCCAUUAUAUAGAGAAACUGAGGCACAGAGCAGGCCUGAGAGUCACCCAAGAUCACCCACAGAGAGAACAUGGUCUCCUGAAUGCCCGUCUAGUGCUCUGUAUGCUAGGCAAUGCUGCCUCCCCUGAGAUGGGCUAGUAGAAGGCAGCAAGGACGGGACCAGCGAGCCCCCAGAAGAGAUGCCUGCCAGCUCAAUCCAGCAAGAGAAGGCAGCCCAACGUCUCCUCUGCCUCGGGCCUCCCUGAGCAGCUCUGCUGGCUGGAUUGGGGCCUCCCUGCUGAGUUUCUGCCUCCCCUUGCAGGCCUCAGAGCCGCUCUAGCCUGGGGGUUUGGCUAAAAGUUCUGUGGAGUCUCAGCUGAAGCUCUCCAGCCUCCCAUUUGUUCACAGGGGUCCGACCCCUGUGUGGGAGGGCUGAGCUCGCUGUUCUUGCCCCGAUCCAGAGUCGAGCGCCAGGAGUGCUGGGCCCUUCAGGUGCCUAAUGAUGGAGAUGGGCACCGAGGGGCAGAGGGAGGUAAAGAUGCCUAAGGGGCGAUCCACGUCUCUAGGUGCCUAAACACCUUUACGGAUCUGGCCCUUCAGCCUUAGCCAGUGCUGGGCCCAUUAGAAAUAGAGCCACCCAGAGAACUUCUCCCCUCUUCUUGUGGCCCAGCCUUGCAAAAUUCCACCGGCCCGGGGCGCGGGGGGCGAGAGUUUCGUUUCCUUCAGUGGUGAACGGCUGCAGCUGGAGCGUCCAGCGUGUGGGACCAGUUCUAGGUGCGUGGGCUCAGCCGGGUCUCGGUGCCGUCUGGCCCGUGUCAGACACAGCAUGUGUGGCUGGCAGAGGGGCUUGACUCAAAGCAGAGUCUGCUCGGGCUCCCUGUGCGGUGCAGACAAGCCAUUUGGCAGCAGGGGAAGGGGGGUCCAGCCAGGCAGGGCUGGGGGUGGCCUGCCAAGGCAGGGGAGGAUGAAUGCUGAGGUCUGUUCUGAAGGGCCCUUGAUCACAACCUGGAGCUUUAUCGGCCAAGUGGGGGCAGAGGUUGGGCUGCAGGUGGGGUGCCAGUUGGCUGCGCUGCGGAAGCAGGGCCUGGCUCCCCGAGUCCCGUUCACCGGGCGGGCGCAGGGCGAAGGCUGCGGGAGGGAGCCGGCUUAG